CGCCCUUUCCCAGGCUGUCGUUUCCCCAGUCUGCGGCACAGCGGCGCUGCUCCUCCGCCUCCCUCCUCCUCCUCCUCCGGCUGUGGAGCACCGUCCUCCACCCCCAACGCCAACCCACAGCAGCAACCUGAUACCGGAGACGAGCGGUCCAGACAAGCCUGCAAACGAGGCGUUCCCAGCCGCCGCGAUCACACCGACAGAUACGCAUCUCCUUCCCCCCCGCCUCCCCCCCCAGCCGCCGUCGCAGGAAUGAUCUCCGCGUACCGCACAGCGGAGAAGCCCCUGGAAGGCGCCGACGGCCGGUGAAGAUUCCUCCUCCUUCCUCCCCCCCCUCCUCCACGCAGGAAUCGUGGACCGAGAGACGGGACGCGGAGAACUAAAACUGGUUAGCUCCGAGGCUCGCGGCGGCUAGCUUCGCAGCCCUCCCCGAGCUAAUUAGCUCGGGAUUCUUGACCGAAUUCUCGGCCGGAUUUGGGCACUUUUCCCCCCCGCACACAACCGAGGAUGGUUUUUAUUUAAGCGAAUCGAGUUGCGGUCGGGGGAUUUUUGACGAUUUUGAGGCUGUUUUUCCUAAGUUUCGUAGUCCCAGACAGUCGGCGAGCUAGCAUGCUAGCUAGCAGAUAUGGACGUUGCAGACGGCAGAUCCGCCGAGCGAGUUAGUUUCCCGGGUCAUCGCUCCGGCUCGCAGGAGUAAAAAAAAAAAAAAAAAAAAAAAAAAACAACUCAACUUUUACCCCGGCGCCCGAUGCGGGUGACAGCGGCAGGAGGGCGCCUGUUUUCCGCAUCAUCCCCCCCUCCAUGUGCUGUUCCAAGCCUGAGAGAGCGGUUCAAGUUGUGGAGCUGACGUGAAAAAAAAAAACAAAAAAAAAAAAAAACAAAGUGGGAGCUGCGGGGAGAAGAGGACGCCGACCACCGGACGCACCGCGCCGCCACGACCACCACCACCACCACCACAGUCAGUUCCCCCGCACGGUGUCAUCAUGGCAGCGGGCCGGAUCGCCAUCAAAUCCCUGGCUAAAUUUGGCUUUUGCCUGGCGAUUCUCCUGACUUCUGUAGCCGCGGCGCAGGGCGAGGAGCGGGAGUGCGCCUUCACGGACCAGCAGCAGCAGUGGGACGUGGAGCGGGUGGGCCUGGGCGAGGGCCGGGUGUCCCCGGAGAACACCACCAUCCGAUGCUCCAAGGGCAGCCACUGCUUCGGCCUGUGGGAGAAGAGCCUCCCGGGGGAAGUGCGGCUGGUCAAGCAAGGUUGCUGGACUCACCUGGGUGACAACCAGGCCUGCCGCGACGACCGCUGCGUGGUCACCAACCUGCCCCCGCAGAUCCAGAACGGGACGUACCACUUCUGCUGCUGCAGCAGCGACAUGUGCAACGUCAACUUCACCGAGGAUUUCCCGCCGCCGAGCCCCACCACCGCGCCCAUCUAUGAUCGCACACUGAGCCACGAGGAGACGGUAAUUAUCGCCCUGGCAACAGUCUCCGUGCUGGCCGUGGUCGCCGUGGCAGCCUUCUUUGGUUGCCGCAUGAUGCACGGAGAUGGAAAGCGAGGCCUCCACAACCUGAACAUGAUGGAGGCAGCAGGCUCGGAGAGCUCGCUGGAUCUAGACAAUCUGAAGCUGCUCGAGCUGAUUGGCCGCGGCAGGUACGGCGCCGUGUACUGCGGCUCUCUGGACGAGCGGCCCGUCGCCGUGAAGGUGUUCACCGCCGCCAACCGCCAGAACUUCCUCAACGAGUGCUCCAUCUACCGGCUGCCGCUGCUGGAGCACGACAACAUCGCCCGGUUCGUGGCCGCCGACGAGCGGACGGGCCCCGAGGGACGCAGCGAGUACCUGCUGGUCAUGGACUACUACCCACACGGCUCCCUGAGUCGCUAUCUGAGCGUCCAGACCAACGACUGGGUGAGCAGCUGCCGGCUGGCCCACUCCGUCACCCGCGGCCUGGCCUACCUGCACACCGAGCUCUUCAAAGGAGACUUGUACAAGCCGGCGGUUUCCCACAGGGACCUGAACAGCCGGAACAUCCUGGUCAAGGCCGACGGCACGUGUGUCAUCAUCGAUUUCGGGCUGUCCAUGAAGCUGACGGGAAACCGGCCGGCGCGUCACGGGGAGGAGGAGAACGCCGCCAUCAGCGAGGUGGGGACCAUCCGUUACAUGGCCCCGGAGGUGCUGGAGGGCGCGGUCAACCUGAGGGACUGCGAGUCGGCGCUGAAGCAAGUGGACAUGUACGCCCUGGGCCUGGUCUACUGGGAGACCUUCAUGAGAUGCACCGACCUCUUCCCCGGAGAGUCGGUGCCAGAGUACCAGAUGGCCUUCCAGGCGGAGGCAGGGAACCACCCAACGUUCGAGGACAUGCAGGUCCUGGUGUCCAGGGAGAAGCAGCGGCCCAAAUUCCCCGAAGCCUGGAAAGAGAACAGUCUGGCGGUUCGGUCGCUGAAGGAGACGAUGGAGGACUGCUGGGACCAGGACGCCGAGGCCCGUCUCACGGCUCAGUGCGCCGAAGAGCGGCUGGCGGAGCUGCUGCUCAUAUGGGACCGCUCCAAGUCCGUGAGCCCCACCCUCAACCCCAUGUCCACCACCCUGCACAACGAGAGAAACCGCAUGACGCCAAAGUCCGGCCCCUACACGGACCACCCCUCCUCGUACAUCGAGGAGCACGAGGGCGUCGCGAAGAACACUCAGGCGGAGACCAACGGCUCUGUGACGGGCCGACCGGGGGCAGGCACUGGGGAAAGGAACAGGAACUCCAUCAACCAGGAGCGCCAGCAGCAGGCCAACGCCCGCCUGCCCAGCCCGGAGGGCAGCAGCACCAGCAUGGGGAUGCGGGGAAGCCCCUCGGCCUCCACCACCACCACCACCAUCAUCUCCGAGUCCGAGGGACCGGCGGGGGCCGCCACAGUCCCCGUCUGCCUACACCUGACCCAGGAGGACCUGGAGACCACCAAGCUGGACCCGAAGGAGGUGGACAAGAACCUGAAGGAGAGCUCGGACGAGAACCUGAUGGAGCACUCGCAGAAGCAGUUCUGCUCGCCGGACCCCCUGAGUCCCGGCAGCUCCAGCCUGCUUUACCCCCUCAUCAAGAUGGCCAGCGAAGCCUCGGGGGCCUCUGACCCCGCCGCCGCCGCCGCCGCCAUCCCCACCACCAUCUUCCCCCUGCCCAAACAGCAGAACCUGCCCAAGAGACCGUCCAGCCUGCCGCUCCGCAACAAGGCCCCCAAGAAGGAGUCGUCGUCGUCUUCGCUCCGGUUCAAGUUCGGCCGCUCGGGGAAGUCCAACCUGCGGCAGGUGGAGGGGACAAAGAUGAACAUUGGCGCGGCGACGAGCACAAACAUGGCGGCGGAGGCCCACCGGGGCACAGGCACAAACAACAUCCCCGCCCUGCGAGACGCACACGCCAACGGGAGCGCCAACGGCGCCAUCAACGGUCACGCCGGCGCCGGGCUCUCGUCGAUGGUCGCAGGGGGAGCGACGGGUUUCGGAGGACCGGGCAUCGCCCAGAACGGGUCCGGGGGCAUGAGGUCGGACGACAGCCGGCUCAGCCUGGGCGUCAUCACCGCCAGCCCCGACGAGCACGAGCCGCUCCUGAGCCGCGAGCAGGAGCAGCCGGACCCCCGGGGGGCGCCGUCCGGCGUGGCCGCGCUGCGCUCCGCCCGGCCCAACACCAACAACAACAACAGCAACACAGGCCACGGCCAGGGCGACGGCGAGAGCGGCGGGGAGAGCGACGGCGGCGAGGACGAGGGCAGCGCCGAGGGGGGGAGCAGGGACGCCGCGGGGCCGCCGGGGGAGGGCUCGACGUCGGGGUCCGCCGCCGCGGAGUCCCAGGGGGGCUCCUCGGUCACCAUGAGAGGCGAGGCCCUGCUCAGGCAGCCCCGAGCCCGGCGGCCCGAGAGGCCCAACUCCCUGGACCUGUCCUUCACCACCCAGGACCUCGCCUCCUUCGGGGAGGGCCCAGACGGCGCCCCGGGCACGGGGGAGAAGAUCAAGAAGCGCGUCAAGACGCCGUACUCCCUGAAGAAGUGGCGGCCCACCACCUGGGUCAUCACGGACCCGCGGGGGCCCGAGGUCAACAACAACGGCUCGGCCCGGGGCCAGGGCCACGGCCAGAGCCGGCCCAAGUCCAGCUCGGCCAUCUACCUGCGGGGGGGCAGCCUGGCCAGCGAGCCCAGCGACACACACGUUUGAACUCAAACCCCCCCCUCCCCACACACACACCCCUCCCCCCCCCCCCCCCCCCCUUUCUCUCCUCUGAUAAGACUGGAAAAAAAAAAAGAAAAAAGAAAGCAGAGGCUUCUCUGCUGUGAAUCAGCCCGAGGAAGCUAUGGAGUGUGUGUGGAGUGUGACGGUGUACAGUAGCUCGCUCCUGUGUGUCCUGCUUUAAACGGAAAACCGGCUAUGCAGCGUUCUCCACGGCUUCUCUUCCCGCGUUCUUAACCCUCGUUCCUCAUGAGCAUAGCAUUUGUUUGGAAUGACAACGAAAAAAAAAAAAGAAGAAGAAAGAAACCCUUUGUUUUUAUUUUUGUUUUCUACUUGCACUUUGAACCGAUUCAAAUCAGUGUUUUCUGAGUCCUGUCGACUAAAAGUGGUCUCUAAACUUUAGAAGAAGAAGAAGAAAAAAAAUAGAGGCGGUGAGAAACAAUCAACACUUGGAGCUUUUUCUUGACUCACACUUUGCUGUAUCAGGCGAGCGUGUCAAAGAAUAAUCGGUCUUAAAGACAAGAACAAACUACUUUUUUUUUUUUUUUUUUUAUUUCCUUGAUUUGUAUGCAAUACCAAUCCUUCUUUUGACUGUAUCCAUGUUUUUGUAUCAUACUUUUUAAUUGUGCAAUAGGAUGUAGCUGUUAGUCGCUUUGUUUUUACUGCUUCCAUCGGUUUUGUUUUUAUGUUAUUCUCUGUUGCACUUACGAGUAGUCACAAUCAUUUUUAUUUUCUUUUUUUUUUAAUGUGAGCAAUCCCACACGCACCCCCAGCCCUUCCCAAAACCCCCCCUACCACUACCACCACCACCACAACAUAUACGACAAUCCUCUUGUUCUCCUUCGUUCGUGGGCCGUUGAAGCCACUGACUCCAAACCCUCCGGAAUCGAACCCGCGGAGGGACCCAACUUGACCGCUGCACGCGCUGACCUCACUGUGGACUGAUGGGAGUGUGUGUGCGCGUAUGUGUGUGAGACUGAACCAGAAACACAACUAAGAAAGCCCAGACUCUGCUCUUUGAAGACAAAAAAAGAUUAAAAAUACAAAACCACCAAACCCCCUCUGAAGCACGCUGGAUAUUAUUUCUGCUUCUCCUUCGUCUCAUCCCUCAAUACUGGAACGAUUGAUCCGUGUGUGUGUGUGUGUGUGUGCGCGCGCGCGCGUGUGUGUGUGUGUGUGUGUGUGUGUGUGUGAGAGAGAGAGAGAGAGUGCAUGUGUCAUCUUCCUUUCCGAGUGGUCGGGGCCUAUAAGCGCUGUACAGGCGUGCUGAAAUGUCUUCGUACUCAUUUUAUUUUGGUUUCAGCGCUGCUUCAGGGCAUAUGAAAAAAAAAAUCUCAUUUAUGUUUUUGUAAUCUGUAAUUUGUAUGAGAUAAAAAAAAAACACUCAUGUAUGUGUAUUGCAUUAAUAUUUGCAUCGUUUUUAUGGAAUUCUGUUUGCAUUCAAUGGACAUGGCCUUUGAUUCCAUUGCUAUGCGUCUGCUUGGUACAGUUUCUGUAAACAUUUUCAAGUCAAUAUGGAAGAAAA